GAGCUAACAAUUCAUUAACAAAACCAACAACACAUGCGAUACUUUGCUUGUAAGGGUGAAGUUUUGUAGUCAAGAGGAGAAAAGUGGCCGCUUUUUAUCUGGGUUUUCUCUAUCUCCGCUUUCGUUAUCUGUUGAGAUUUUUAUUUGGUGGGAUUGGAUUGAUCAGUGAAUUGAUUCUCAGCAAGAAUGAUGGGUUUGAGCUCCAUGCUUUUUGGGGGAGGGGGGAAUUCAUCGACAUCCAGUCUAUCUGCUUCUGCACCUCCGUUUACUGUCGAUAGAUUGAACCCUAAGCCCAAUUCAAACCCUAUGUUGCAUUACUCCGACUAUGGUGUUGAGCCCUUUCCCCAUUCCUCUCACUAUCCGAUUAGAGCUGAGGCUGCACUUGAUUCUAGUGAGAUGAUUAGCGUGCCUGCGCCAGAUGAUUAUCGAUUUUCGGCCUCUGCUUCUGUCAAGUCACCUAGCAGCCAGUGGUCUGCUCAUAAUUCUGGUUAUGGCGGUGAUGUGAAGCCUUAUUAUUCCUCGUAUAUCACGCCCUUGGUUGGAGAGGAUAGGGUUUUGGGUGAGGAUGGGGGGCCUCGUUACGAUGUGGUGCCUACUCGUGGAAUGAGUGUGGCACCUCAGCAUGAUUAUACUCAAAGCUUGUUUGACAUGGAGUACGGGCCUCGUUGGGUGGAUGGUGUGGGCUUUGAUGAUGGAAAACGGGCCAAAAGAUCAGAAGUUGAUGGGAAAUUCUCGUCGGAAAAGCUAUUUGUCAGUGGUUCACAUGGCUAUGAAAGUCAACUGUACCAAGGUGGGUUUGGCAGUGAAAACCGGAACCAAUUCAAGGAAGAUUCUGGUGUUUUAUAUAAAAAUCCCCAUCAGGUUCCCGACCGUGAAGUCUAUACUGGGUCCUUGAGGACUGGAUACAUGGAAGACAAAUCGUGCCUUGAGUUCUUUCACUAUGAUUCAAGUAAAACACUUCACACAGCAUCGAGUCCUCCAUACCCUGAACCUUAUCCUCCUCUAGAGUCAUGUACAACAGAGAAGAUCUUUCCAAACUACAAAAACUCGUGCAUCCCGUAUGAAAAAUGUGGCAGGCCCGUCGAUGCACCCAAUCAGGGUCGCGUUUCAGUUGGGAGAUCAUCGCCCACAGUGGUCAUUAGACCACCGCCAGCUUCCAGUUUGGGACAAGGUACUUCUCGUAAACCUGCUGGUAGUGAGAAUGCUGCUGGAGUGCAGAGUGCGGAUUCUGAUUAUUCCAAUCCCUUGAAGCCAAAGGAUUCUGGUCUAAAACCCAUCUGCAAACCUAAAGACGGCUUCUUUGAGACUAGUGCUUUCAAGUUCUUCAAGCAAGAGAACUCUCCCGUUUCUUCAGCUUCCAUGAAAGAACUUUCAAGGCCACUGAAUGCUAAGGAUACUUCUGAUUCCAAGGUUAAAGCAACGCUAGGACCUCAAAUAUCGGAUGUGAAUGUAUCGAGUGGUUUUCCAAAGACUGGUGAUAACAUUCAAGUUGUUAAUUCCACCGAGGAGUCUUCGGAUUAUAUAGAUCAUCAUAGCACUGCGGUAGAUUCACCUUGUUGGAAAGGAGCACCAUCUUCUCCGUUUUCAGUAUUUGAUAUUGAAUCGGGAAACUGUGAUAAUGUCAAGGUAAAUUUGGUCGAACAAUAUGGAUUUGGUCACGGAGAGCAUCCAAGUCUCCACUUAUUUGAUUCUAACCGAGUUUUUACUGAGAAAGUUGAGUGCAACAUGGGAAAUGAAAAUGAAUGUGGAAGAAAUGGUAUGAAGCUUGGUUUUGAGAAGACUCUUGAUGCAAGCUGCUCGACUUCAGAACCGAGUUUAUUGGAUGGUAUAACAGGCAGAGUUUGGAUCCCGCCUGCAACAAGGAGCAAGGGAGUUGAUUUGAGUGGUGGUUUUACAAAGGAUUCCAAUCAACUCAAUGACUUAACUAAUGUUUUUGAUUUGAAAGUGUCUGACACCAAGCAUUUAUUCGGUGAAAGAUGUGUUGGGAUGACAGUAAAUGACGUCUCUGAAGGUGCUGCCGUGGCAGUCCUUGCAGCAGAGAAGGUUCUCGCCUCUCCUGCUUCUCAGGAAGAUCCCAUUGAGCAUAGUGCAGCACCAGAUCCGAGACUGGAUGUGUCACCAAUUGUUAAGUCAAUGCAUAGCCUCUCAGAGUUGCUUCAGUUUCACAUUUCAAGUGACGCAUGCCCUUUGGGGGAAGAAAAUACUGAGAUGCUUAAACAUGCUAUAAGCAAUCUCAGUACUUGUUUGAGUAAAAACGGCUUACAGGUCCAACCAAAGAAUAAGCCAGAACCGAAAGAUGUUUCUGGAGAAACCUCCUCUCUAGGGAAGCCAUAUUGUGAGGGUGUUGUUUCAAGAGGUCCUCAUACAAAAUGUGAAGUUAUGAAUUCUUGCACCGAUCCCGAUUCUCUGCAAUUGCAUAAGGGGGAGAGAAUCAACACUAUUCAUGGUAAGAAAGAUGGGAUAUCACCAAUAGUUUCACCCUUGAGGGAUGAUUUUCACAUAACCGGAGACGAUGAUAUGGCGAAGGCUAUAAAGAAGGUCCUUGAGCAGAAUUUCGAGAUAGACGAGGACGUGCACUCGCAAGCACUUCUGUUCAAGAAUCUGUGGCUCGAGGCGGAGGCUAAACUGUGUUCCAUCAGUUAUAAAGCUCGUUUUGAGAGAAUGAAGAUUCAGAUGGAAGGCAUUAAGCUCAAUGCUCCGAAAGAGGAUGAAGAUGUUGCAGAUGUGGCAUCUGAGCCUUGCAUUUCUCCGGAUUCUGUUAUCAUGUCGGUGUUGGCUCCAAAGGCUCAAGCCGACACAUUGCCCAAACCCACCUCACCGGGCGUAUCUGCUUCGGGCAUGAGUGUCCCUGCUGGUUGUAACGAGUCUUCUGCCCUAGCCAGGUUCAGUAUCUUGAAAUCCAGAGAGGAGAACGAAAAUCCCAUAAAUAUGGAAGACUCAGUUCUAGCCAGGUUCAAUAUCUUGAAAUCUCGAGAGGAGAACCCGAAUCCCAUAAAUAUUGAAGACUCUGUUCGAGCCAGGUUCAAUAUCUUGAAAUCUCGAGAGGAGAACCCGAAUCCCGUAAAUACUGUAGAGCAGCAACAGCCUGAGAUAAUCAACGAUAAGCAUGCAGAUUCCAUCAUGGCCAGAUUCAACAUCUUGAAAUCGCGAGAGAGAUCAAAACUGGCUGAUGUGGAAGAGGAAAAACCACCACAGUCGAUCAGUGACGAGUUUGCAGGCGAGAAAUGUUUCCGGCCACUCGUCAGAGGUCAGUUGGAAGACGCAGGCCCAGACGUGGUGGUGGCUAUGCAGCCCAAUUUCCAUUAUCAAGCUGGCAGCCUUGAGUACAGUAGGCCCAGACGUGGGGGUGGUAAGUUUGACUCGUAUUUUGAGCACUCCGGGUAUGAUUCUCCCAUUGAGUACAGUAGCGGCUCUGUCACUAACGAUGCAGCAAUCGAUCUGGUGAAGAGCGGGAGCAGGACAAUCGGUGAGAACAAGUCGGGGUGGCGCGAUAGUUCAUCCUCGUCGGAGUGGGAGCAUGUGCUGAAAGAGGAUUUUUCUUGGAAAAACUAGCGAAGUUGUUGGAUUUGAUUGUGUGCAAACUGCUAUAAUACUAAACGGGACAUAGCAGUAUGAACUUCUUCCCCCUCUUGAGAUUGUCACAUCACUUUGUAAAUUGGGAAAAAAAUUUGUGGUGAUCGAAUUUCACUUUGAACAUAAUGUGUUAUGGUCUCUGUAUAUCAAGAAUUUAGGAUACUAAAUUCUUGAUUUCAUGUAUAUUUGGUGAAAAUUUCCUUGUUAA